AGAAAGAACACCAGCUUUGGAUCAGUUCAGACCUGUGUCUGCUGCAUAAUUGAAGUCUUGGGCAACUCUUUUAACCUGGCAUGGCAGAAAAACCAAUGUGUAUGCCCACACAAAUACCCCAUGAUGAAGAUAUACCCAAAGUAGAUAGUGUCCGUUGUUUAACAAUGCUUGGUCAUUUUGGUUUUGAAUGUUUGCCUCAUCAGUUGGUGAACCGAUCUAUCCAACAAGGAUUCUCUUUUAAUAUUCUCUGUGUGGGGGAAACUGGGAUUGGAAAAUCAACACUCAUUGACACAUUAUUCAAUGCUAAUUUGAAAGACACAAAAUCCUCACAUUUUUACUCAAAUGUUGGACUUAAAAUUCAGACAUAUGAUCUUCAAGAAAGUAAUGUUCAAUUGAAAUUAACUGUUGUGAAGACAGUGGGAUAUGGUGAUCAAAUAAACAAAGAAGCCAGCUAUCAACCUGUAGUUGACUAUGUAGAUGCUCAAUUUGAGGCCUAUUUUCAAGAAGAAUUGAAAAUUAAACGUUCCUUCAUUGACUACCAUGAUUCCCGUAUACAUGUGUGCCUUUACUUCAUUUCACCUACAGGACAUUCUCUGAAGUCCCUUGAUCUAUUAACUAUGAAGAACAUUGACAGUAAGGUGAACAUUGUGCCGUUGAUUGCCAAAGCAGAUACAAUUUCUAAAAAUGAUUUACAGAAAUUCAAGUGUAAAAUAAUGAGUGAAUUGGUUAGUAAUGGCAUCCAGAUAUAUCAGUUUCCAAUAGAUGAUAAAACUACUGCUCAGAUGAACUCCUCAAUGAAUGCUCACUUUCUUUUUGCUAUCAUUUGAAAC